GGGGCCAGCCUGGGCCUGGCCUGGAAAGGCUCACACGGCUCUCCUCGGCACCCGGCCCCUCAGAGCCACCAUGAGCCAGCCCCGACACCCUGGCCCAGGCGAGGCUGCUCCCGAGACCCUCCUGGGUGACCUCAUCAGCUACUACCAAGAGGAGGCAGGGGCCGGCCGGCUCCGGGUCUGCAGGCAAGCAGCCCUCACCCGCAGGGCCCAGGCUCACCCUGAGUUCUAUCUGCCCGAACCUGCGGCCUCCAAUCUGGGGGCCACUCACUCCCAGGGGGUGCCUAGCCCUACCCGGCCUGUCUGCCACGAACUGGUGCAGGCACUGGAGUUCUUGGAGCUAAUAUCUGUCAACCUACUUCUGUUUCCCUGGAGGAAGGAAAUCCAGUCCCUGAAGACAUACACUGGGAACUUUGCCUACCGGGUGCAGCCUGUGCUUCCUCAACAAACACUGCACACCAUUCUGGGCAGGCUGGGCUACGUGGCCACCUCCGAGACAGAGUUUUCGCUGGUCCGGGCCAUCAGCAAGGAAGACGCCAAGCAGCUGGUGUUUGAAAUCUUCCUGGCAAGAGUUACAUGUGAGACCAUUCUGAGAACCUCGAGCAGGCAGGUCCUGGGACCAGGCAGAGAGAAGCCAUCCAGGCCCUACCACAGGCGCAGCUCAGAAACUAAGCUGGUGAAGUCCCACAACUGCCAAGAGGGGGUCCAGCCAGGCCCCCCAGAAGGGCUGGGAUCUGAGAGGGCCCUGGCUGGGGGCUCUGACCGUCAGAGCACUGUGCCAAUGGCCCUGAUGAGCCUGCCUGAGGUCUCAACAUCCCGCCUCACCUCCUGUGCCGGCCCCCGGCGCCACCUGGCCUCCCAGCGCCAUGCCAGCACACGCUCAGAUAGUGAGGAGUUCUUGACCUGCUACAGUGACCUCAUUCUGCACCGGACACCCCUGUUCCCCCAGGACUUUCCCAUGAGCAGCCUGAAUGGAGACCAAGUCCAGGUCCCAGCCCCGGCUCCCAGCCCACCUCCAGGUGAGGGGGUCACCUCCUUGGGUAGCAGCAAUGAGAGGUCCCUGGUCCCCAGUACAGCUCCUGAGAGCAGAGUGGUCCCCAUCCCCGGCCAGCCCUGUCUGACACCAGUAUCCCAAUCAUCCGGGAGGUCCUUGGACCCAAAGCCAGAAGCACAGCCAGAGCUGGCCACCACUGGGGCAGAUACUGUUCCUCCAAACAUUUCCUUUGAGAUGGACAAGCUCUGUGAACACCUCUCCCACCUCCUCAGACCCCCAACUCUUGCAAGGCGUACUGGGGACUUCCCAGGCCCUGGGGUUGAGGACAAUGGACAAUCAGAACCUCUCAUGGGGCCAGACCCAGCCACCAAGGCUGGUAGCCCAGACAGUAGGGUCAUCCAGCUCUGGAGUCCUACUCAGACCCGCCUCAUGUACGAGAGCUCCCCGACACUAUGUUUCCCCGAGGCAGCUGGAGGGGCCAGUUCCGACCCAAGAACACCACCCAGGCAAUAGCUAAAAACUGUCACCCCUGGAUGGUACAGGGACAGAGACCCAGGAAAGUGACCACUUGGAGAGGUGGCAGAUGUGGAACCCACAACUUGUCAGGCAUAGGGACCAAUCUGCUAAGCAAUCCCUCUCGUCUCAAGUCCCAGCCCUGACUCUCACUGACUGUGACUUUAGGCCCCCACUCCAUCUUGCUCCAUCUCUCUGCGCCUUGUUUCCUCAUCGUAAAUUGAGUGUGGUCAGACCUACUCAGAGGAGGCUGGACAGUGUCAGGGAGGUGAGGUGUGAUGUGCACAGUGCCCCUCAAUGUCUCCCUUGGGGGUGGCUUCCUGUCCCUUCCCAUCCCCACUAAGUAUGUGACCCUGGGCAUCUCUAAGGGGCAGUUUCCUCCAGCAUCCUCAAGGUAACUGUCACAGGACAGAUUAAGACAGCCUCAAUGCGCUUACACUCCUCUGUCAGUCUCCCUUCUCUCUCUACUAAUUUCUGGUUCACAGAGAACAAAACCAUACCUGGGAAUGCAGGAUCACACACCGGCUCCCCAUCCACGGGUCGAGUUGGGGGCUCCACUCAUCUGGGCUGCGGGCGCCCCCUCCCCCAGCCAUCUCUUGCCCCCACAUGUACACACGCACCUCACAAGUGGGCACAUCCAGAGAUGCUGGUCUCCCCACUGUCCCACCCUGUCCCUCCAAGCAAACGACCACGUUGCUUCAUGAGCUAAAGCCAGAGGAUCCUGUCUAAACCAAGUCCUGUGAUUCUCUUGCUCAACUCCCCCCAGGGGCUCCCAAGGCCACACCAAGCCCCAGAGGCCCCUCACUAUCCUUCUGAUUUGAUUUCCUGCCUCCUCCGCCCAGUCCACUGCAGACAAGACACACUGGCCUCUUACAGGUUCUUGAACAAGCUAAGCCCACCCCUACCUCCCAGCUUCUGUGCAAACUGUUCCUUUCCCCACUUCGUACCUCUCUCUCUACCUUUCUUGUUAUUCACAACUCACCUUAAAUGUUACCUUCUGGAGAGGCCUUCCACGGCUGAGCAUCUGAGCAUCAGCUUAAUUCUUUGCAAAGACAUUUUAAAUAUACUUAUUCAUUUUCCAUCCCCCCUCCCCCCCAAUAUAAGCUCUAUGAGAAAUUUCAUCUUGUCUCAUUCACCACUGUUUUCAGGGAUCCCUCAAAUGAGUAGAAAAUUUAGAAAUACAGAUGGAUAUAAAAACAAAAGCAGAAGUUACCAGAAUAUCCACCACUGGGAAACACCCAAUGUUAUGGUGUUAACACAAUUCCUUUUGGUCUUUUUUUUUUUUUCUAAAUUUGGGAUUGUAGUAUUUAUAGUGUUAUGUUCUGCUUUUCUUUCCAAGAAGGAAAUUAUUUUAACUAAUUUGAGAUUUAAAGAAAAGUUGUGAAAUUAGGCAAGGAAUGCCCUUGGAACCCUCACUUUGCGUCCCCUGAAACUGACAUCUUCUAGAGCUGCAGUGGGAUGAUCAAGAACAGGAAAUUAACAUGGACAGAGUAUUAUUAACCAAACUACAAACCUUUUUUUAAAUGUCACCAGUCCUUCCGUUACUACCCUUUCUCAAUCCCAGGACCCUUUCCAGGACCCCACAUGCCAUGUGUGUCUCUAACAGUUCUUCAGCCUUAGCUUUGUCUUUCCUCAUCUUGAUGCUUUUGGUUAAAACUUAAUACUAAUUUUGUUGAAUGUCCCUCAGUUUGGGUUUUUUAAAUGUUUUAUUUAUUUUUGAGAGAGAGAGAGAGAGA